AUGGAUUGGCUUGAGCUAAAAGACAAUGUCUCCUCUUCAACUCUUCGACGUUUGGUUGCUCAAGCUACGGUUUACUCCAUCUGGUGGGAGCGCAACAACAGGCUUCACAACUCCAUUUCGACUCCUCCAACAGUAACCUGCAAGAAGAUUGACAGACUUGUUGGUAACGCUAUACUAGCACGUAAGGAGCGCAAGAACAUGGGAGCAACAACACAUGAUACAAUUCCAUAA